UACGGCAGAUGAAUUUUAUUUUUCAGUUUCAAGAGUUUGCGAAUAUGAACAUUAUUUCGGUUUUAUUUAUUUGUGGCAGUCUCCUACUGGUGACAACCCAUUGUUUUUCUGUGUAUAAUAUUGAUGAUUCAGUUGGUCUUGGGAGGAGAUUCGAUGGAAUCGGAGGAUUAAGUGGUGGUUCAGCAACUUCAAAGUUGUUGAUGGCUUACAAAGAAAAAGAACGCAAUGAAAUUUUGGAUUACUUAUUUAAGCCAAACUUUGCUGCAGCCUUGCAGAUACUGAAGGUGGAAAUAGGAGGCGACUCCCAAAGCUCAGAUGCAACAGAAGCGUCCCAUAUGCACAACAUAUGGGAUGAAAACUACAACCGAGGCUAUGAAUGGUGGCUGAUGAAGGAAGCUAAGAAACGCAAUCCCGAUAUUAAGCUCUAUGGUCUACCAUGGAAUUUCCCAGGCUGGCUUGGAAACGGAACUCAAAAUCCUUAUGAGAAUGCUGAACGGUUGGCAACUUACAUUAUGAAGUGGGUUCGAGGUGCGAAACAAGUGCAUGGCUUAACUAUUGAUCUCAUUGGGAUUUGGAAUGAAAAGGCAUAUAACAAGACUUACAUAGAGACUCUUCGCAGUGUGUUGAAUAAAGAAGGAUUUGUAAACACUCAAAUUGUAGCCGGAGACUGGGCCUGGCCAACUGUCCUGCAUGAUAUUUUAACAGACGCUGUAUUCGCAGCUGAUGUCGACAUUGUUGGUGUGCACUAUCCAGGCACUGAGUCGUCCCUCGCUGCACUGCAAACUGGCAAACAGCUGUGGUCAUCUGAAGACUACAGUUCUUACAAUGAUUUGACUGGUGGUGGUUGCUGGGCAAGACUUCUCAACUGGAACUAUGUCAAUGGCUUCAUGACAAGCACAAUUGCCUGGAACUUGAUUGACAGUUACUACCAAGGUCUGCCCUGGGACCGUGAUUCUCUGAUGACUGCCCGGCAGCCAUGGAGUGGCAAUUACAACGUGUCCAGUCCGAUCUGGACAUCAGCACACACAACUCAGUUUACACAAAUUGGCUGGACCUAUCUGCGACAUGGUUCAGGGGUGGGCAUGUUCGACCUUGGUGGAUCUUAUGUGUCAUUGGUCAGUCCAGAUGGGAAGGACCUGUCAAUCAUCAUAGAAACUAUGAGUCAUAAUCAUUCUGUCUGCAUUCGACCUGCUUUGCCACCUUACACCGUGGAUGAGCAGACGGUCAUUCUUAAUUUGAAAGGCUCUUUUGCCAACAUCCAGGAGCUGAAUGUUUGGUAUUCCAAGUUGCGUUUUGAUGGAGGAGAGUCUGUAUACAUGGAAAAGCUUAGCCCAUUGAAAGUUCGUAAUGGCAGAGUGGAGCUAACAUUGGGCAUUGAUGAGUUGUUCACCCUGACAACACUUAUAACAGGCCACCGAGGGGACUAUGGUCCUCCACCCCCACCAGCACAGUUUACUCUUCCCUUUGAAGAAGAUUUUGAAGACUAUGAAGACAAUGCAGAGCCCUUGCUUCUGGCGAUGCAGAGUGGAUCGUUUGAGGUGGUACCUGGUGACAAGGGUCACGGCAAAGUGAUGAGACAGAUGGUCUUGGAGCGGCCCGUCAUCUGGUGUACAACAGCCGGCCUUCUCGAUGCCACUGUAAACCUGCUGGGAUCUGUCAAUUGGACCGACAUAUAUGUUGAAGUGGAUUUGAAGAUAGGUGAGGUGAAUGGAACAACAGGCGUCUACAUGGCAGCCCGCAUCACCCACACUGGCUGCUGGAGUUACAAAGCAACAGGCAUCUUCUUCUACCUCUUCCCUAAUGACAACCUCUUUCUUGUCACUAACGAUCUGGCAAGAGAGAAGAUAAUCACUGGCGGUAGGGAAUACGACGCGGUCAGGCAAGGCUGGAACAAUCUCUACAUGCUUGUGAAGAAUGGCACAGUAAUUGGUGGUGUAAAUGGAAAGCCACUUUUUAACAUCACAGUUCCAACUAAUCCUCCAUCUGGUUUUGUUGGUGUUGGUACAGACUCUUAUGGAAUUGCUGACUUUGACAAUCUGAAAGUGGCAACGGCUGCAGAAGGGGAGCAGCUAAUUAAGAAGAAAAAUAUGGAAAGAAAAGACUUUAAAAAGUUGGAAAGAAACUGGUGGAAAAGUAGCAAGAAAAAUAUUAAAUUAAAAAAGAAAAUUAUAAAUAGAAAUCGUUUGCUCAGUAAGACCGAUAACAAAUUGUACUAUGUAGCCAAGAGUCCUUAGGUGUCUCGGAUUAAUGAACAGGGUCCCAUUCCACGAAGGGAUCUAAGCACUAAGAUCGCUUCAUGGAACUGGACCAUGAUCCAUUAACAAUUGCUUAGGGACAGUGAAUUGUUUGUGUUAAAUAUAUACAGUUGAAAUACAUUCCAGUGGUUAUUGUAUUACUUAAUAUUAUUAAGUGACCACUAACAUACUCCCAAUUUAUCUAAAUGAUAUAGUGCAAAUUUUUGCCUUUAAAGAAACCCCUUUUGACACAGUUGGGUGACAUUGGGUUUCACCAUUUUACACUCCACAUGUUAUAUUAUUGUCUCUUCACUAUAUAUUAUGAAAUUUGAAAUGACAGCUAAUCGACGUUUAGCCCAUGUGUGUACAUUUUCAACAAGAUUUGUAACUGGCCACCAUCCAUGAAAUUUAUCACAGUGACUUUAAUUUGUAUAACAUUGGCCCCAACUCCAAGUAUUCUUUUCAUUAUUUAGGGGAUGUUUUCCAAUUUGCUAACAUAGAUGGUGGUUUUAGUGUCAUAAAUGUAAUUUUAUUGGCAAUCACAGAUUUAUGUUAUCAAAUCGUAGGAUUAUCCCUCUUCUAAUUUCAACUGUUUGUUGGUUUUAAUAACAAGUGAUUAGAGUUUCAGGAAGAAUAACCGUAACAUGUAAUUACUUGUAGGUAACCCAAUAAUAAGAGCUGAACCAUUAAUGCUGAUUGCUUAAUUAAGUUACGACAUAGAAAGAUCUUGGAAAUUUGCAGCCAGUAAAACGCAGGUUUUAAUAACUUACAAGUUACAGAGAGAUCCUAUCAUAUUUCUUCUUAUAAAUGUGUCAAAAUGUACAUAUGAUUCAUCAUGGUUUUACUGGUUUUAGUUUUGAGUUGCGUAAUUUUUAUGCUUUCAGCAACAUUUUAUGACAUAUUUCCCCAGGCCGGUAUAUGAAUGAAAUAAAUGAUAUGUUUAUUGAUUUUGUAUGAAAUUUUUAUAGUUUCUUGAUAUAUUGAUCAUAUAUGUACAUAUAAUAGUGUUUUCCCUAGCUUGUUUUAGCAUGGUGCAGCACCAUGCCUCAAUAGUCUAGCACCAUCUUGCCUUAAUCAGUGCCAUGCUGCCCUGGGAUUAAACAAGCCUUU